AUGGGCAUCUAUGCGGAGGAGGCAGCGCGGAAACUAGAAGCAAUCGUCGCCAGCACCCACGAGAGAAACAGGAGCAGUGAGAUACUCCAAGAUUCAGAAGCAGAACUGUCCAAUCAUGCCCCAAGCAUCAACCCUAGCUUCGAUGUGCAUCCUAAAUACCAACUGAGCGCCCCUGAACCAGCUCAACUGAUUUCUCCUUCACCGUCGCCACGCAGUUCAUCUGCUUGCCUGACGUUCCCAGAGUCACGAGAGCAAGUCGAUAAGCUGGCUCCGAGCGUGGAUCAGCGCAGCAUUUCUGCCUCUGCUAAGGAAUUGGAUAAAGUCGAGACAAAAACCGACAAUGUUGAAACCUCCACAAGGUCGGGAGCGUCUUCGAAGCUACACUCCUCUAGCAAUCUGCAGGAACCUGCCAGGGAAAAACCGCCUACCGCCCGAAAACCGUCCCUUUCGAUCGCUAAAGCAAAUGGAGAGGUGUUGAAGCUGUCUGCUGCUGAUAUGGAGGCAUUAACAUCUGCCCCAGAGAGUCUCCCAGUGACCUCUCCUUCCAGACCUCUUCAUCCGACCCAACCAACUCUCGCUGCGUCUCCAGUCUUCGAGGGAGAAGACACAUUGACAGAGAUUAACAGACUGGACGUGGGGGUUCAAAAGAGAAAAGACCUCGCUCAUCAGAGCUCUUCUGAACCUUCAAAAAAAGGCAUUGUUCCAGAAUCAGAUAGGAAAUCUACCUCGGAAAGUGCCUCAACUCCGACGACGAAUGGAAUUAGUAGGCGGCCAGGAUUCUCAUCGCGUUCUGUUUCUGCUCUACCAGCGGCCAGUAACCGCAUGUCUUCGUACCAGAAAAGCACACCUCGUCCAACAUCACCCAGACGGAAGCCUGCCUCUCAUGGACCUCGUCCUGAACCACUAGAUCUCGGUACUGCCGCAAAGCAACAUACACAAGGGCCUUCAGUAGAGCCUCAUUCUCCAGUGCAUAUUCCACUUCCGCCCAUGUCGAUACCCACCUAUCUCCAGCUUGAAUUAUCCUCAUCACGCCCGUCACCAUUGUACAUUUAUCGCGCAGCGAAUAGCGAGUAUCCUUAUGAGUCUUCUAAGAUCAAGUUCGAACGUCUAUUGAAUUUUCUUUUGUUGCCACCUCAGCUGGAGCAAGUCCUUUAUUUUGGCUCAUUAGCGUGCCUGGAUGCAUGGCUGUAUACAUUUACCAUCCUACCUCUUCGUUUUUUCAAAGCGCUCAUUGUCUUGAUCUCCUGGUGGGGUGAAGUCCUUGCUAGGGAGACCAAGUUUAUCUUAGGGUUUAUUUAUCAUGGCGCUGGCCGCUUCUGGCAUCGUCAACGCGAAGGCCGAGACAAGACAGACUCCUCAGACCGAUCUAGAAGCACGUCGAGGGUACGGCCACCUAUUUCAACGACAAGUUCAUAUCAGAGUCGUCCCGGGAGACCCUCCGAACAUGUCAAUGGUAAUGGCGCCCGUGAAGCAUCGAAAACUGAACAUGAACGGCGGCACCAAUCAAGGCAAGGGUGGGGACGCAGACAUCGAAGAACGCAAUCCGUGCCAUCGUCUCUGUCUUCUCACCAUAAAGCCGAUCUUCUCCAAGGUGCUGUAAUCAUAUUCAGUUGUAUCAUUUUAUUGAAAUUCGAUGCAAGUAGAAUGUAUCAUAGCAUUCGAGGUCAAGCAGCUAUCAAGCUCUACGUUAUUUAUAAUGUUUUGGAGGUCUUCGACAAGUUAUUUUCCGCCCUUGGACAAGACAUAUUCGAGUGCCUUUUUUCAGAUGAGACGCUCGAAAGAGACCUCGAUGGCCGCAGUAAAAUACUGCGGCCAUUGGGGAUGUUUAUACUGGCACUGAUCUACAACGUCGUCCACUCCGCCGCCCUAUUUUAUCAAGUUAUCACAUUAAACGUGGCAGUCAAUUCAUAUUCCAACGCUCUGUUGACACUUCUCAUGUCGAAUCAAUUCGUUGAGAUUAAGUCAACAGUGUUCAAGAUGUUCCAGAAGGACAAUAUUUUUCAGAUGACCUGCGCUGACAUUGUUGAACGCUUCCAGCUCUGGCUGAUGCUGACUAUCAUUGCCCUAAGGAAUAUAGUCGAGGUUGGCGGAUUAAGCAUCCUAGGUGGCGAGGGAGCUGCUGCAGACGUCGUCAAAGAAGCAGUUUCGCCCCUUAGAUCCAACUCAAUACUGCCAAACAGUUUCACAAUACUUCCUAGUUGGACGGGGGAGGUGCUUUCACCAUUCUUGUUAGUUCUUGGCAGCGAAAUGCUGGUCGAUUGGAUAAAGCACGCCUACAUCAGCAAAUUCAAUAGAAUCCAGCCAGCGGUUUAUCAGAAAUACCUUGACGUUCUUGCCAAGGACUACUAUACCAAUGCUUUCGUCAACCAAAAUCUCAUGAAACGACUGGGCCUGCCGGUUAUCCCUUUGUCGUGCCUGUUUAUUCGCUCUUCCGUCCAAACAUACCACAUGUUCCUCGCUACUCAUCUUCCACCACCCUUGCCUUCGACAGCUACGGCUUUGUCAGUGGAUGCUGCUACAUCAUCUCCGGUGACCACAGCUGCGCUUGAGCAUUUCGAUAACAUCAUUCGCAAAGCUCUCGGCCGUUCAACUUUCGGCAUCUCCGACCCCACAGCUUCAAGCCGGUGGUAUCUUCCAAGCGCAGACGAUGCUAUCGCAGCGUUAACGAUGUUAAUCUUCUUCCUUGGCGCCUUCCUGGUGCUCCUAGCGUGCAAAUUGGUCCUUGGCAUGGUUCUCUUGAAAUUCGCGCGGAACAGGUAUCGAACUAUGAAGAAGCGAGAGAAUGAGAAUUACAAUUUGGAGGGUAAGCGACUCGGGAGCUGGGGAAUGGUUGAGAUGGAGGAUGAGAAACGACGCCAUAUCUUCGAAGAUGAUCUAGAGACGUUAAAGAAAUUAAAAGAGAAGGAGAGAUUGGGCAAGGAGAAAGCAGCUGUUGCGCAGGAUUUUUCGAAGAUCAGUCGGUAUGAAAUGUCUGCAAAGAGAAUAUGGUAG